CAAACGAGAUGAAGAACACAAACACAAAGUUAAUCACACUCGUUAUAGGGUUUCUCGUCCUCGUGAUGAUAAUGCAUCUUCCUCAUGCGCUUCAAGGUGGAAACAUAGAUGUAGGUGGAUCCAAAUACGAAGACUAUGGUCUUAUGCUAAGCGGCAGUGAUCCUCUCUUGAUGGGACGAAAGUUAAAAGGUCUAAAGCCUAUGGAGUCUGGAACAAAGAAACGAUCAACAAAAGCCUCGAGAGAUUCAACAAAAGAAAUUGAUAAUCUAAUGAGAAGCGACUAUCCGUCACGUAUGAAAGGAAGGAAGAGGACUCCAAUACAUAACUGAUAGCAUAUGGUCAUUAAAUAGUUUAAGAAACGUAGAAGUUCACUAUAUUAGAAGAAACGUUAAUCAGGG